AUGGACUCGUCGACGCCGCUCACAAACGGUCCGCAGUCGCCCACGUCCUCGUCUUCCUCCCGCAUCGCCACGGACGGCACCCACGGCUACGAUACAGCUGCCGUCGUCCAGCUUCUCAAGACAAAACGGAAACCGCGGACCACAAAGUCUUGCUUUCCUUGCCGAUACCGAAAAGUGCGAUGCGACGGCCGAGUGCCUUGUUCGAGCUGCAUCCGCCGCGAUCAUGCCGCGUUGUGUCGGACGGCGAACCCUUCUACGGGACAGAGGUCUUCGGCGCAGAUACCAGAGAAGCGGACGAGUAGCCCUGCGUCGUCGAUAGAAGAGACGAUAGCGCAGUUUGGUGAUAAUCUCGGUCGCGAAGCUGUUCUGAGAAACGGACAGACCGGCCAAGUCCCCGACGUCAACAACGUCAUCUCCCGCCUCGAACAAAUCGAAGAACGAAUAUCCGCCCUCAAAUCCGACCUCCUCCAGCACGGCACCACAUCCUCCGACGUCGCGCACACCUUCCUCGAGCGCCUCGACCCGCUGAACCAACGCGAGCCCGCAGCGGCGCCUACCGCCGACCAGUUCGGCAGCACGUACCGGUUCCCGCCCCUCUCGGCCGCCAUGUCGGGGAACCACUUCGUCGAGGCGGCGACGGGAGCGACGAUUUUCAUCGGCGAUCGUUCGGAUCCGCCGCUGGCGCUCGGGUGCCAGAAGUUGCCCGCGAGCGGACCGUUGGACGGUCUCCAGGGCCCUGGGCAGGAUCAGUUGACGCCGAAGACGUAUGCUUUUGCGAAUCUUUGGGCGCCGGAGACUUCGUUGGAGGAUAUUGGGAGAGCCUUGCCGGACGACUCGGAUAUAAUACGAUACUGGCAGAUAUACCAGACAUACGUCCACCCCUUCUACCCAGCCCUCAUAGACCCUGAACACUUCGGUACCCUCCUGUUCUCGUUUCUCGAUCACCGGUUAUCGGGUAGAGCGGAGAGAGUGCUGCCCGAGGGUACAAGCCCGUCAUGGCUCGGACUCCUCUUCAGUGUGCUGGGUUGCGGCGCGCAGUUUUCUACGGAUCCGAUAAAGGAGCGAGAUCUCCGCUCUAAAGUAUUCGUCUAUCGGACUCCACGUGGAACCUCCGUCCCCGUCGACACCUGGUCGCACGAGCUUAGAGAGCCUUCAAAGGCGGCGUGGAUGCUCAUUUGGCAAGAUACCUUCAUCUCACUAACUUACGACCGACCGCCGGCGAACACCUACUCGCACGCGACGAUACCAGAGGACUACUCCCCAGGAGGCGGGCAGACUUUCGCCAAUUGCGUCCUUAGACUCUGCCAAAUAGCCCUCGACCGCGCCAGCGAGGAAAUGUCCACCACGCCGAGCGAAGUCAACACGAUACGCAACCUCCUCCGGUACAAGCAACGGUUCAACGUGGUCAUGGAGGAGGCCCAGCUCUUCCUCGUCGACAAGGCCCAGUGUAAAACGCUACAGGACCACCUAGAACGAUUGGCUCUCCACAUACACGUCGGAUACUUGACUUGUCGCAUCCAUCGGCUCUGUCUGGAGAGCAACGACCCUGCGGCGGACCAGGUGACGCGCGAUUCGUUGGCGUCGGAGUAUCUCUCCCACGCGAUCCAGGUGGUGCAGAGCUUUCUUGACAUGUACAGGCUGUCAUCCAUUGUCUGCCGGUCGUGGGCUUUCGUCCACAAUGUUGCGAGUUCGUGUAUUCCUCUGAGGAACCUAACGUCGGUGUCGCCGCAGGUGCUUGAGGAGCUGUCGCAGCAGUUUAGACCGCUGGUCCAGAGGUUGGUUGCUGUGCUUGAGGAUGAGGCGAAGCAGUCGGAGUGGUACGACUCUGAUACGAAUGUGCGGCAGUACGGGCCGUAUUCGCGGGUGGUGAAGGCGCUGAAGCAGACGUAUGAAGAUAUUUGA